AUGGAAGAAACGUGAGCAGUACAAGAAGGAAGUGGGUUCAAUUUAGUGACUGACAUCCAGAGAACAAUAUGCCUGGUUCCCCAGCUUGCUUCAUUCUCAUCUUUCUCCUCUGCCAGCUCACAGCCUCUGGAGCUCUGAAGGAGCUAACUGGUAUCCUUGGUGGGUCUGUGACCUUCCCUCUGACACACUCAGUAAAUCAGAUUGACAGCAUCGUCUGGAUGUUUAAUACAACUACUCUUGUCACCAUACAGCCAAAAAUGGCAGACAAACAAGAUAAUGUCAUAGUGAUUCAAAAUCAUAACAAGAAAAGGGUGGACUUUUCACAUGGAAACUACUCUCUGAAGCUCAGCAAACUGAAUAAGAGUGACUCAGGUGCCUAUCGUGUAGAAAUAUACAGCUCACUCUUCCAGGGUCCCUUCAUCCAGGAAUAUGAGCUGCGUGUCUACGAGCACCUAUCAAAGCCCAAAGUUACCAUGGGUCUGCAGAACAAUAAGAAUGGCACCUGUGUGACCAAUCUGACAUGCUCUGUGGAACAAGGAGGAGAGGAUGUGACUUACAGCUGGAAGUCCCUGGGGCAGGCAACCAAUGAGUUCCAUAAUGGCUCCAUUUUUCCAAUAUCCUGGAAGCUGGGGGAAAAGAAAAUGACUUUCAUCUGCAUGGCCAGGAACCCCAUUAGCAGCAACUCUUCAAACCCCAUCUUUGCCUGGAAGCUCUGUGAAGGUGCUGCUGGUAAACCAGAUUCCAUCAUGGCCCUGAACUUCCUGUGGCUGUUCUUCCUGCUCAGUGUCCUUGUACUGGUGGCAUUUACUUUGAUUAUGAGGAGAGAAAGAGAAAAAGAGUCCACUGGAGAAAAGAAGAGAAUGGAUAAUCAUCAGGAAGUUCUUAACUACUACCCCUCUUCUGGGGAGACCUCAGAGUAUGACACAAUUUCUAACCUUAAUAAAACUAUUCCAGAGGAAAAUUCAGCAAAGAUGCUUUAUUCCACGGUACAAAUACCCCCCAAAGGUGGAAACACCCUACCCACUGCCCACAUCAUCAGACACACACCUUGACUAUUUGUGUAUGCGAAUGCCAUCUGAACAGCAGUGUGUUCCCUCCUGUCUCACCCCAAAGAAAAUAGUCUCAAGAAUUCACUGACAUGACCAGAAAUAUCAAGGAAGAAUGAAGAACAUCGACUUCCUUCCAAAAUAACUAUCUUUUAUGCUCCUUCAGAUAUGAGUUCCUAAUGCUACUCACUGCUGAGAAAUCUCCUCAAACCCAGGAUAUGUGACUGUGUCAUCCUGGAAAUGUGACUGUAAAUUUAUCGACCAACCCCAAGCAAGGGGCUUAUAAGUGUCUCUGUUGAAAUGUAAGUGCAGUGUCACACAAAUGAAUGAUGUUCCAUCCCAGGGCUUGGAAGUCAGGAAUAUAUGAAGGGUCUAGUUGUCAAGAGGGCAAAAAUGUAGGAA